AAAAAAAUUUUAGCCAGAAAAAGAAGCUGGCAAAUGGAACAACAACAAUCCCAAUUUCUCCAAAAAUGCCCUAUUCAAAUUGGGCAAGAGACAUUAAUUGAAAUUGACAAGGAUGGUAAAGGGCUGGGUUUAAGUAUUGUUGGUGGAUCGGAUACUGUACUGGGUACUGUAAUAAUUCAUGAAGUUUAUCCUGAUGGAGCCGCUGCAAUCGACGGCCGUCUGAAGCCUGGCGAUCAAGUCUUUGAGGUAAACAACACUUCUCUUCGGAACAGUACUCAUGAACAAGCUAUACUUUUAUUGAGGAGGACCCCAGCAAAAGUACGUCUACUCGUUUAUAGAGACCAGAAUUUACAAAUGAGCUUACUUGAUCCAACACAAAUAUACAACAUUAUCGAUAUUGAAAUUUUGAAAAAGGCUGGGAAAGGAUUGGGAAUUUCUAUUGUUGGGCGUAAAAAUGAGCCUGGUGUUUAUGUUUCCGAAAUUGUUAAAGGAGGUGUUGCUGACACCGAUGGGCGUUUAAUGCAAGGGGAUCAAAUUUUGGCAGUCAACAAUCACGAUGUUGCCAAUUGGAUGCAGGAGGAUGUUGCUACUGUUUUAAAAACCUGCAUCGGUAAAGUCUCCCUCAAGAUUGGUCGCUGGAAAUUAACAGAAACAGCUCAACGUGUUCGCUCUGCUCAGCCCCCUUCAAACAAUACAGAAAACAACAACAAUUCUGUCGAAGAAACAACAACACAAAUGCCUUUACAACAACAACAAAAUAUAAAUGAAUCUAAUAAUAAUUCACAAGAUUUGUUAAAACAACAAAAUGGAAGUAAUAGAGAUCCCCCACCGCCAGCACCUAUUCCUGCUGGAGCCAAAUUACCUCCACCAACACUACAAAUAACUUUACAUGACGAGAACAAUCAACAACAAAAUUUAACAGGGCGAACAGAUUUAUCACCUGUUAGUGAAGAGGAUCUGAAAUCCAUAGCGGAGACCGUAGCCUCAGAAGAGACUAUCUCCGGAAUCACCACAACCUCUUCCUCCCAAAGACGCCCAAUUAGUCAAUUACCAAAUAGCGGUUCAGCUUCAACUUCCUCUUCUACAAAUAUUCAACAACAACCUUCUGCUGCUUUUAGAUCAGAUUUAAAAGAGGCUGGGUGUGAUAGUCUUUUAAUUGCUCUUAAAAAGGAUGAAGGGCAACAAUGGGGGAUGGGGAUUGGAAAAAGGCCUAGAGGAAUUCUUAUAACUUCUCUUCAGCCAGGCAGUUCUGCAGCUGAAAAAUUAGCAAUUGGUGAUCGUAUAAUGGCUGUUAAUGCACACGAAGUUACAACACAACAUUCAGCAGUUACUUAUAUCCGUUCAAGUGGUAAUUCUGUUACCUUACAAAUUUCAAGACCAGCAAAGCUUAGUACAACAACAACAUCGUCAAAUAAUUAA